AUGGCGACGAAUUUGUAUGGGGAGUUCAACCAGAAGAUAGAUUACGUGUUCAAGGUGGUGCUGAUCGGGGACUCGGCCGUGGGGAAGUCGCAGCUUCUGGCUCGAUUCUCCAGGAAUGAAUUCAGCUUGGAUUCCAAGGCCACGAUCGGGGUGGAGUUCCAGACACGGACCGUCCUCAUCGACCAGAAGACCAUUAAGGCUCAGAUUUGGGAUACCGCUGGGCAGGAGAGGUAGUUUCUGUUCUCUUGUCCGAAUUUCCCGGGCCAAUUUAUUCAGUUCAUCGUCGAAGAGGUUGGAUGACUCCGGAUCUCCGGACAGCUGGUUUCUAGGGUUCUUGUUGCGUGUUUUCCUCUUUCCGAACAGGGAACUAACCACUUAUUCGCGUGAGCUUCUAAUUCGAGACCUUCGUUCGCGUAUCUUUCGAUAGAAUUGUCCGAACAGGUUCUCAUCUUGAUCUAACCGGGAGUGUCGAAUCUUUUCGAUCUUAAAAGGAUGUGGAAACUAUCCUUCCUUGUCGAUGGAUGCACAUUUAAUUUUUAUCCACAAUCAUUUCAGCGAUCGCUUUGAUUUCCGUUUCAAGCGCAAUGUAAUUUAGGUUUAAGAAGAUCUCUUCCCCCCAGACAGGAACAUAGGCAUUCUUAGACCCCCUGUGCGUUCGGUUCGUUAGCAUUUCCUAAAUGGUCUAUAAUUCGUGCCAGUAUACAUUGCUCGAUUUCUUCAGCUCUCUUCAGGCCGAUAGAAAAUGUCUCAGUUGGGUUCUAGCAGUAACUUUUCAGCACCGCUGCUACUUUGCUCGAGCCCCUUCAUACGCAGAAGAACCUGCUUUGUCAUCUAGAAUCCGAGUGGUCAGGCUGAAGCUUAUCUGGAACGUAGAAUGAACAGAUCGCAUUUCGCGUCAUCUCCCUACUACCUGGUUCCCGGAAUCCUGACACUUCCUUCCAUUGCCAUGGCCCAUGCUAAGAGGACCUAACUAUACCCAUGGAGAACCUGGAUACUCAUCUAGUUUCUUCAGAGAAUCAACAGAAAUUGUUGUCAGAACUUUUACAUCUUAAUGUCUCAUUGUCUGGUCACGGUAGAAACAAAGGUGGGAUCAGAUAUUUUGUAGGGUCGGAAAAAUCUUGCAGCCUGUCGCAAAGAUGGAAGGGGACAUAGGAGCUGAGGAGAUGGAACCUCUGUACUCUCUCGUUACUGGUUUCCUUCAUCACAUCUACACUAAGUGGAAUAGAUGUCUAUGCAUAUCGGCCAACUGGCCUCUUCUUUCAUCUCCUAUACCUAUUUUGCAUCAUUUUUGCGUUCCAUCCUGUGGGUUAGCCAUCGAACUUGAAUUGAUCUUAUUUCCUGCUUCUGUCUGUCGGUUGUGAUUUGGUCAUAAGGAGGAAUCCUCACAUCGUGGAGGCCGGGUCCUUUUCAUUCUCAUGUAGUCAUUCGCGUCACUCCUAUCCAUGAUCAGACGGCUCCACUGGUUUGCUGAUGAGUCAGAAUGGUAGGGCAAUCGGUUGUUUCCCCUGAUUACAUCAUAGUUACCUUCACGUGUGCGACAGGAGAACUUUCCUCCCCGAUAUGAUUGAGUGUCCGAUUCUCACCCAAAGUCAACUGAGCGUCAUGCUGUCUUAAAACGUUCCUUUUUGUCUUGGUGAAAUGUGAACCCGAUUUCUAUGGGAUCUUUGGACACGUUUCUUGAAAAAUGUAACCAGCGGUCCACCAAGAUCUUGUUGCUGCCGUCUUCAGCUACUCACUCCACAGGAAUUCUUCAUCAAGUUUUGAAGUUCCUAUCCACUAGAUUUGCAGCAUCCAUCAACUAUUGUUCUUAAGUGUUUCAUGGUCAAUGAACUCCCCUACUCUGAGUAGUUCAUACCCAUUCAUCUCCUUCAGUCCAUGAACACAGUGCUCCCGAGACAGAUCGAAUCAGGCUGAUUCAGGGGAAACACUGAUCCACCCGAGAUUUCUUUUUUCCUUUUUAAAUUCCUUCUGGAUGACAGUUCUUCUGCAGGAUCAUCCUCACCGAUCGAUCGGAAGGAAUGUUGAUGAUCUGUGGUCUGGCUGGUGGGGUUCUCAGGUACAGGGCAGUGACGAGCGCCUACUACCGGGGAGCGGUGGGGGCAAUGCUGGUGUACGACAUUACCAAGCGGCAGUCGUUCGACCACAUGGCGAGGUGGCUGGAGGAGCUGCGGGGGCACGCCGACAAGAACAUCGUCAUCAUGCUGGUGGGCAACAAGUCGGACCUCACAACCCUGCGAGCCGUCCCCACGGAGGACGCCAAGGAGUUCGCGGAGAGGGAGAGCCUCUUCUUCAUGGAGACCUCCGCUCUCGAGGCCACCAACGUGGAGCCCGCUUUCCUGACGGUGCUAGAAGAGAUCUACCGGGUCAUCAGCAAGAAGGCGCUCAUCGCCAACGGGGACUCCGGGCCGGCGGGGGGCUCCAGCUUCCUCAAGGGGACGAAGAUCAUCGUCCCCGGCCAGGAGCCCGCUCCCGGUGCCACCUCCUCUUCAAGCUGCUGCCUGUCGUCGUAG